AGCUUUCAGCUUGGGAAAUAGCCCGCCAGGGUGAUAGGUCAAUGGCCAGCUGGGUGAUAGGAAGACCCACCCUGUCUGUGGAUAGGGUCUUGGGGGGUAGACACUCAGAAUCUUAUCUGCCUUCCCUAGAGUGCUGCCUGCUCCAACUCUGGCCCUGCUCUACCUAGCUCUCCUUUGGUUUGGGGUGAUGGUGAAGCUUCUUGUGGUAGAAGGCAAUGGGACCCUGUUGGUCUUAGGCCAGCAGCCUCCCACCCACGUGGGAGGUGGGACACAUCACCUAAUCCCCAACUUUGAUUCUGGUCUGUCCAGGCCCACAAGACACUGCCCGGGCAAACGGAACCCUGCCCCAGCUUAGGCACAGUACUGCAACCAUGAUGGAAGACAUAGAACUAUGGCAACAAGUGUUCCAGGAGCUGAUUCAAGAGGUGAAACCGUGGCACAAAUGGACCCUCACACUAGACAAGGACCUUCUCCCUGACGUUCUGAAGCCAGGGUGGACGCAAUACCAGCAAAAGACCUUCGCCAGGUUCCACUGUCCCUCCUGCUCUCGAAGUUGGGCCUCUGGCCAAGUCAUGAUGGUCUUUCACAUGCGCUGGCGUGAGAAGAAGGGCAAGGGACAGGUGAAGAUGAGGGUGUUUGCUCAGAGAUGCAAUCAGUGCCCUGAGCCUCCAUUUGCAGCUCCAGAGUUUACUCGGGACAACAUCUCAAGGAUCUUAAACAACCUGCUCUUCCGAAUCCUGAAGAAGUGCUAUAAGGAAGGGUUUAAGCAAAUGGGCGAGAUUCCUUUGCUUGGGGAUACCAACCUCGAAGGACCGCAUGACAGCAACAACUGUGAGGCAUGUCUACAGGGCUUUUGCGUUCAGGGCUUAGGCCCAGCCUCAAAGCCACCAGCACCCCCAUUAUCUCCCACCUCCAAGCCAACUAGGGAGCCUAAGGCCACUGCCGUUUGCAGCAACAUUCCCUGCUCACAGCCCUCCUCUAAGGUGGAAAAGCCCCAAGCAACAACAGUGAACCCCAAAGCCAGCAACUCUACCAAAGAUAACCCCAAGAUUAGCCACACCUCAAAACCAUCAACUGUCCCAAUAUUGACAACCCAACAGUUGUCACUGGUAAGCUCACCUACUCCCAGACAUGUCACUCAAAUGCCUUCUCCUGUAGAGAGCCUCGGGGCAGCAGAUCUAGCUAACAAGAACACCAGGCCCAAGACCCCAAAGGCAUUGCCCCAAUCCUCCUCAUCUGUCCCAUCCACUUCCUCCUCAUUUGUCCCACCGACUUCCUCCUCAUUUGCCUCACCCACUUCCUCAUAUGAUGGACCCUCCUCUAAAGUGGAAAAGCCCCAAGCAUCAAAAGUGAACCCCCAAACCAGUAACCCUACCAAAGAUGACCCCAAGGUUAGUCAUACCUCAAAACCAUCAACUGUCCCAAUAUUGACAACCCAACAGUUGUCACUGGUAAGCUCACCUAUCCCCAGAUAUGUCACUCAAAUGCCUUCUCCUGUAGAGAGCCUCAGGGCAGCAGAUCUAGCUAACAAGAACACCAGGCCCAAGACCCCAAAGGCAUUGCCCCAAUCCUCCUCAUCUGUCCCAUCCACUUCCUCCUCUUAUGUCCCACCAACUUCCUCCUCAUUUGUCCCACCCACUUCCUCAUUUGUUGUGCCCACUUCCUCUUCAUAUGUUGGUUCCAGUUCUUGGAGAUCACCAGCAAAUACCACUUGCCAAGUAGAGAUAAGCAGCCGUAUCCGCCGAGAAAGUGAGGCUUUCUGCUGCGGGGCCUGCUGCGGGGCCUGCUGCGGGGCCUGCUGCGGGGCGUGCUUCGAGGGCUGCUGUGGGUGUGGAGAGGUCUGCUGCAGGAUUGGCUUGGCCUGCUGUGAGUGCUGGUGCCGGUUCAUUGUGGCCUUCUGUGACUUAAUGUCACACAGUCCAUGUGGCUGCUUGGUCUUUAUAAUCUUACUUAUUAUUGUUGUGAACUUAUUUUAAAAUGAGAUCCAUAAGCCUUGAAAAAAGAACGCUGAGAGGAAAAGCAAGAACUACAACAUCCCCCCAAGUCAUACGUUGUAUAAUCCCCUUCAUAUGAAAUGUCAGUGAAGUCAGUGGAGUCCAGAGGUGGCUGCCGGGACUGGAGGAAGAGGAGAAUACAAGGCCACUGUUUGAGCAGUGUGGGAUUUGAGGGGAAGGGUGAUGAAAAUGUCUGGGAAUUUGAUGGAAAUGGUAGCCGCCUCUCACCAUUGUCACUAAUCUUUCUAUCUUGAGACGGUUAAUUCUUCUCAGGCUGGAUAGAUGGUCCAUGGGUUAAUGAACUCAUUGGCUGCUCCUCAAGAGGUCCUGAGUUCAAUUCCCAGCAACUACAUGGUAGCUCACAACCAUCUAUAGUGAGAUCUGAUGCCCUUUUCUGUCUGAUGCUCUCUUCUGUCAUGCAGGCACACAUGCAAAUAGAGUGCUCAUAUACAUAAAUAAAUAAAUCUUUUAAAAAAUG